AUGUGCUUCAUUGACUUUAUCGUGGAGCCAAUUUUUGUCGUUCUUGGCGACAUGCUGGACAAGAUGAUGGAGACCGCUCCAAGUCGGCCUACGAGUCCAACGGCCCAGGAAAACCAGAAGGACGAAACGGAGAGCGAGGAGGAAGACACCCCGAAAACUGCAAACGGGUUGCGUUUUGUGGUUCCGAGGCCAUGGGAUUUCUUCUUGAAGGACAAUAAAGAGCACUGGGCGCAGGAGUCCUCGAAGCUCGAGGCGAAAAAGCAAGAAAAUCAAGAAAACCAGGAGGACCCGAAGGACCCUCCGGACAAAUCACCCAGCCCACCCAACGAGGAUGACACAGAGCCUGAAGAGGUGGAGGAAGAGGACGAGGAUGAGGAAGAAGAAGAAGAAGAGGAAGAGCAUCCUUGA